UGAUCAAUCAGAGUUUUUGAAGAGUUUAUAGAGGACAGAAAGGCGAUUGUUUUUACCAUGUUAAGAAGUUUUUGGAAAAAUAAUAACUUGCUUAACACGCGACAAUGCGUAUUGCGGCUUGCAACCUUCACUGGUCGACCAUUUUCUGCUGCUCCGAUAAGGACACAAUCUAAUAAUUCCAACACGACAGAGCCAAAUGAUGCCGCAGCAACGAAUCAUUCAGACGAUCCCAUUAGUCCUGCUGAGAAUGCCAGUCGAGAGGAUGCAACUAUGUCGGAAGCAAACGUGCGAUCGGAUUGGGAUACCACACCCAUCAGCGAACUUCAAUCACGUACUGUAAAACGACUCUCCUCGGAAGACGAGAAUGGAACCCCUAAUGGGACAUGUGGAAGAACAUCCAGCAAUGAGUAGGGAAGCCCGGAUGCUUUUAAUGAAGUUGAUGAAGCUUUUGCAUUCUUAUUUUUUUGUCACUAUUAGUAGUUGAGGAAUAACGUAGAUUGAUGAAAGAGGAAGGGGCAUAUUGUGGAAAGAAAAGCGUGAAUGGGGCACUGCAUAGCUU